AUGUCAGCCGCAACUCGACUACCCGUUGUGGGUGGCACUCUCGUCGCUGCCGGAGCGGUGAUCGCAGCCUGGCGACAUCCGGCCGUCCAGGAGUUCAUUGAGCAACGACUUGGGUCUUCGGCCAGCUCCAUCAUGCUCAAGGCAUUGAUAGCCGGAGUAGCUCUAAUCAACCUCAAGAAUAUACCUGGUUUCUGGCAUGUACGUUGAUUGCCCUUAGGACAGAUCCCGUAUUCCUGGAAGAGUGCUGACAUGGGACUACCAGAUUCGCGUACUACGGGGCAUCAUCUAUCAGAUCUACUUCCAGCGCAACAAAAUCCCCCCGAAGCAUCUCUUCGCACCCAUGAUAACGCAAUCGUACAACACGCCCUACGACACCGACUACAAUUUCCACAAAUCGAACUCGACGUAUUUCGCCGAUCUCGAUGUUUCAAGAGCGCAUUUCAUGGGAGCUAUCAUCCGAACAGGUCUUGCAAGAUUGAACGCAGGAGAUCAAGAGGGGCUCCCCAAGUCCACGAUCGAAGUCAAGGGAAGAUACGUGGUAGCGCUGGGCGCAGUGAGCUGUUUCUUCCAGAGACAGAUCGAGCCCUUGGAGAGCUUUGAGAUAUACACCAGAGUCUUGACAUGGGAUCGCAAAUGGCUGUAUACAGUCUCGCAUAUCAUACGCAAGGGAGCGAUCAGGCCGGAUUCGUAUGUGCUCCAGCCGUGGAAGGACAAGAAACGGCGAGAAGCAGCAAGGAAGCAGGAAGAGGAUCUGACGAAGCAUAUCUUCGCGACGAGUGUGGCGCGAUAUGUCUUCAAGAAAGCCCGGCUUACACUCAAUCCCGAGAUUGUGCUGGAACGGUCGAGAUUGCUGCCUGCGAGGCCUUCAGGAGUCGGAUACCCCCCUCGUGCGGAGGAGUCGGCUUCCAGCACGCCCGCGGUCUUCACGCCGGGAACGCCGCAAGGCAAUGGCAAGAUUUCGACGGAUGCGAACGAUCUGGGUUCGAGGUUGGCGAACGUAGACAAGAGCGCAAGCACUGCAGACGAGGAAUGGACGUGGGAGGACAUGGAGACUGAGCGUCUUCGUGGCCUCGAGAUCGCGAAACAUUUCGACGCUCUAGGAGCAGCUCAUGGAGAGUUGAGAGGCGGCGAUGUCCUGGGCAAGUUUGGGGACUAUUGGUGA